CGCCCUCUAGUGACGAAGAGGAGCAGUUAGAGGAGCUAGGGUUAUUGUUCUCCUGUCUGUUUGUCGGUUAACUUUAUUCGCCCCAAAGUCAUUUUUAUUCAAGACGUUUUAACGACGCUGCACACUUAACGUUCAGGUCUACAGUAAAGCAAACUGAAGCGAGCUAUGAGGAGAUAGUUUCAGACGGAGCUCUUCACCGCUUAGACUAGUGGGGGGGGAUGAAAGUCAAACUGCGCUCUGAGCCGACAGCAGCGGCGUCACGGAGGAGUGCAGGGGGGACGGAGCAGACUCCGGCCGGUCUGUGGACGCUGCACACAGGCAGGCAGACAGUGCCCGGUACAGAGCUGCAGGGAGAACGAUACUUUACCUCUCAGCCACACCGGGGCUUUGGUGGAAACGGUGUCGGCAGCUUCUGAGUCAGUGAAGGCAUCAUGGUUGUGUCGGUGCGGAGCUGGGUCGCCAACGAGGGAGGAAAGCACUUGGUCCUGAUGCUGUGGCUGGGAGUGAACACUUGGCUCUUCUUAAAGACCUUCUUUCUGUACUACACUGGACAGCAGUAUCACUACCUCUACAAGAUGCUUGGGCUAGGGCUGUGCAUCAGCAGGGCUUCUGCAUCUUUACUGAACGUGAACUGCAGCUUGGUGCUGUUGCCUAUGUGUCGCUCUCUGCUCACCUUUGUCCGAGGAACACACGCGGUAUCGAGCCGAGAGACUCGCAGACUGCUGGAUAAGAGCAAGACCUUUCAUGUGGCAUGUGGAGUAGCCAUCUGCAUCUUCUCUGUUGUACACGUGUCUGCACACCUGGUUAAUGUCGUCAACUUUAGCGUGAGCUACUCAGAUGACUUUCCUGCUCUCAAUUUGGCUCGCUUCAGAGGAGAGGACCCCAAACUGAUCAUUUUGACCACAAUCCCAGGAGUCACAGGCGUCCUGUUGGUUCUCAUCCUCUUCCUGAUGUUCACAUCCUCCUCCUACUGCGUACGGUUGUCCAACUAUGAGAUCUUCUGGUACACACACAACCUCUUCAUUGUCUUCUACAUCAUCCUCAUGGUGCACAUGGUCGGAGGAGCUCUGAAGUAUCAGACCAACUUAGAGGCCCACCCUCCUGGCUGCCUCAGAGCCAAUCAGAGCAGCACAGAGCAGCAGGGCGAGAAGCUUGAGCAGGGUGAGGAUGAAAAGAGGAAAUGCGGAGAGGAGGCUCACUUCCAGCCACAUUACCCCCAGACAUGGCUUUGGGUGUCCGGUCCUCUUUGUCUUUACUGUGCCGAGCGUUUCUACCGCUACAUCCGCAGCUGCGACCCUGUUACCAUAGUGACAGUCAUCAGGCACCCCUGUGAUGUCAUUGAGUUGCGCAUGCUGAAGAAAAACUUCAAAGCUUGUCCUGGACAGUAUAUUGUUCUUAACUGUCCAGGUGUCUCUUCCUUUGAGAACCAUCCAUUCACACUCACAACGUGUCCUACAGAGAACAAGAAAACUUUUGGCAUCCAUCUACGAGUCGUGGGAGACUGGACUGAGCGUUUUACACAGCUGUUAGUUCCUGAAACCAGGAUAGACUUGGAGAUCCUUCCCAUGGUACAACAGAGGAGAUACCCAAAGCUUUACGUAGAUGGUCCCUUUGGAAGUCCAUCAGAGGAAGUGUUUAACUACGACGUCAGUGUUUGUGUCGCGGGGGGAAUAGGAGUCACGCCGUUCGCUUGCGUGCUGAAUGCUCUUCUUGAUGGCUGGACAGGUUUCAGGUUGCAGAGGUUGUACUUUGUGUGGGUCUGCAGGGAGCUCCAGUCCUUCUACUGGUUUGCUGAGCUUCUGUGUGCUGUUCAUCAGAAGCUUUGGCAGGAAAACCGACCAGACUAUUUUAAUCUGAAACUGUACGUCAGUCAGGCAGACAACCUGCAGGGCAUGUCUGAGGAGAAGUACCGCCCACUCACCUCAAGGCUGUUGGUUGGUCGACCCAAGUGGAAGUUACUGUUUGAUGAGAUUGGGAAGACCAAUAAGCAUAAGCGAGUUGGGGUUUUCUGCUGUGGACCAAAGGGCAUCUCCAGGACCCUCCAUAGACUGUGUAACUCAGCCCGAUCCUCUGGAACAACCUUUGAAUUCAACAAGGAGUCCUUCAGCUGAUCAAACAUGCGAGCUGGUUGGACACUUCGACGUCACUAAAAUAAACAGAAACUUUGCCAUUUGACAUUUGGAACUGGCUAAACAAACUUGAAUAUUCACAGACUAUAUUAUUGUUUCAUAUGCAUACCUGCCCAUGGUCAUAAAAGGCCCAGCAGGACAAGACCUCAACAUGCAGCAUGAGGCCUCUCCUCUCUACAGACCAGCCCUACCCACAACUGAUUGAAGCAACUGAAACUUGAUCCAAUCAACCUCUGAGAAAAACGUUGAGAAACCAGCCCACUGCUCGGAUUCUCCAAUCAUGAUGCUCUGUGUUCCCUUUUAGUCAAUUCACUUGGUACAACACAUAUUGUGGGAUAUAGUGCCCCACAUGACACCUCUCUUCAUGCCUUUUAAAGGCAGAUGGCGUGUGGUGACGAAUGUGAAGCCCCGCUUCACGAAGAACACGUCUGCAGAGAUGGACUUAUUGGCUGCAGCCAGUUAGCUCUGUUUCACCAGCUAACAGUUAGCUAAAUGGCCUCUGUUGCUCUUAGCCGCCGGUGGCUACCCACGGAGCAUUGAUUUUGAUUUUGCUUUGACAUGCUCUGUGUCUCAGGAUGAGCACCAGGCAUAAACAGGUGAAAAAGAAGUUGCCGGCAGCUUCUCUUUGCAUGACAAGGCCAAGGUCCUUAUUGGAUAGACCCCUGGCUUACAGCAGCAGAGGUUGUCCGUUUCCUCACAGCGUGAGGGCGCAUGGCAACAUCAUGGGCUUUGUUUAAAGGGGUAUCUGUGUGUGAUAUCUGUGAGUGAUACCUGUGAGUGAUACCUGUGAGUGAUACCUGUGCUGCAGCCAGUUGGUCAUCACUAAACAGUUUUGUUUGGUUUUACAGUUACGAGGUGACAGCCCCUUUGGUGGCUCAUUCUGUCCCUUCUGCUGGGACUAUUUUGCAGAAAACUGCUGGAGGUAUUACUCUGGUUCAGGGGCUGCUCUGUGGGGCGUGAAUACAUAUCCCAUACUGUUAUGACUAUAACUUUUGUUCCCUGAAGGAGAGGAAGGAGGUACCACACACAGUACAGAGAUCACCAGAGAUCAUCUGCCUUUAAGACUUAUAAAGAGGUAUCUUAAGCUAGGUCAUGUGGGGCGUGAUAUCCCAUACUACAUGUGUUAUACCUCAUUCCUCUAGUUCAGGGAACAGAAGUUAUAAUCAUAACACGUUGAUUCUAAAGAUGUUUUCUAAAGAGGCUUUCAUCUUUUCACACUUCCCCUCUGUGGAGUUCAUUUGUUUUGUCAUGCUGGCUACACAAGUGAGAGAGGGAAAUGUUGCUUUAGAGUCCUACCUCAGAGAACAACCAUUUCCUUUGUCUGAGCUGGUAACUUUUGUAAUACAAAGACAUUAAUAUUUGAUUGGUCUGUGAGACUGUCAUCAGAAUCUGCCGUGGUUUGCUUUCAUCUGAGGAAAAGAGUGGAACCAUACGGACAUACAACAGACACUUGAUUCAGUUUGUUCUCAUUUGUUGUUUAAACUACAUGUUCACUGUUCAUGUAUGUAUAUCAAAGAUCUAUCUUCAUACAAAGCAAACCUACACUACACAUCAAGCCAGUAUUCUUAGAUAGUUGUUUUUCCAAUUUAUUUAUAUUGUUUGAAAUUAUUUUAUGUUAUGUGAAACACUUCUGCAGGGCUUUGGCAAUUUCUCAACAAAGUAAGUGAAAGUGUUUGUUACUGAUACAAAGAAAUUAGUAUACUGGUGGAAUUGAUAACAAUGUAUUUGUAAGUUGGUAGUAGUUUCUUAUGAUUUUAAGUCAGCUACAAUUUUAAGAAAGUAUGCCCAAACUUGAAACAACAGGUUUCUGCAAAGAAUCAACAUCUUGAUAUUUCUCACUCACUCUUGUCACUAAAACAAGCGUGUUCUCUCAAAUUGUUAUUAGCAACCAUUUAUUUAGCAUUUGAAAUUUAAAUAUAUUUAAAUUAAAAUUGUAUGUCUAUUUUCA